AUUCGCCGCCGGGAGCAGAAGCAAGAAAGCAAGGGCAUCGUCGGCGUCGGAGUCGGAGAUGGGGAAGAGGAAGUCUCGGGUGUCGAAGAUGCUGGCGACGGCGAAGAAGGCGGCGCCGAAGCUGGAGACGGCGUUCAGCUGCCCGUUCUGCGACCACGGCGGCGCGGUGGAGUGCAGCAUCGACAUCAAGCACAUGAUCGCCGAGGCCUCCUGCUUCGUCUGCCAGGCGCGCUACUCCACCACCGCCCACGCGCUCACCGAGCCCAUCGACGUCUACAGCGAGUGGAUCGACCAGUGCGAGCUCGCCAAAGCCGCCGCCGCCGCCGGCGACGACGACGACGACGACCACCACCACCACCACCGCAAGACCAAGCGCCGCAGCUAAGCUAACUUAGCUGACGGCGGCAGAAGAGCUAGCAGAGAUGUAACCGUGCUGCAAUUGAUUUGUCGGACAAUUUUCUCUGGCUCGAAUACAGUAAUUAUUGUGUUGUAACUUGGUUUUACCAUUGUAAUCGCUGUGGAUUUGAAUAAAAUUCAGUUUGUUGGGAUUUGUUGUUCA